UUUAGGCUCUUAGCAGUCACAGCUAGGUGUGCAACAUAAACUGGCACCUGAGCAUAAAUUGUAUUAAGUGAUAGACAUUUUCGCCAUUUUGUAUUAUUUUGGAGGCGUCACCCCCAUUUUAUUAAUACGCACUCGUCGAGUAUGAGAUAACAACUGCACUCUCCACCACGUCCAUUUCAAGCAGUGCUACUUCAUCUGGGCGGAGUAGCAGGAAAAAAACCCAUCUUACUUACAAGACAUUUUUGUGGCAUACAGGUCGGAACUCCUCUCCAUUACUUUUAUUGAAGUUAGUGACGAUGUCGGUGCCCUCUUGAUACUACCGUGGAAAGUAUGAAUCAUAAUAGGCGAAAAAGAAAAAAAAAAUAGCUAAGUUAGCCGUGUUUUAUAGCUACUCGGCAAGCUAACCUACCUACUCUGUGCGCGGCGUAGCUAGCUAGCGUUAGCGCGAAUGCUAGCCGCUGUAACCGUUGACUCGGUCGGCCUUGUUACCGCGUGACACGAAAUCACCUAAAGUCGGAGGAGUCAUUUCCAGAGAUGAAGCAGAGAGCUGAUGGAGGACUCCUCAGGCUCAGACAAAAGUCUCCUGAUGUUCAUGGACAGGCAGAAAUGAGCUUCACCAUGGCAGCUUUGAAUCCGAACCAGACCAGUACGCUGGUCCUCCCCCUGGUCUCCGACAGCAAGAGGCUGAUGUGGAUCCGGUCAAACCAGAUGAACCUACAGCUGGAUGGCGCAACAGAGCUGGAAAAAGCGUUCGACAAGUUUCCAUACUUGAAACGGAACCAGGCGGCCACACUGGCACAGCGCUGCUCCCUCCACCCCGACCAGGUGAGGGUGUGGUUCAUGGUACAGAGGCUCCGCUAUGGCGUCAGCUGGGACUAUGAGGACAUCCUCAAGGUUCGAAGGAGGCUCGAGGGAAGUCGAGGAAAGGAAAAGCUUCAAAAGGGUACAGGAGGGAGUAAAACAUUAAAACGAGAGGCAAAAGAGUCGGGUGGGAUAAAAGCAGGGGAGGUCAGCGAGGAACAAAGUGCAAACAAGGGAAGGAUGAUGGCGGCCAAUGUGAAAUCUGAGAGAAAAAUAGUGCAGGAGCAGCCAGCGAUGGAAGAGAAGUACAGCACACAGAAAAAGCGUAAAAUGAUGGCAGCGAAAGACAAGGUAGCAAAGAAGAGCAGGGCGGAUGUGGCUGUCACGGAAAGAGUCAAGAGGGAGUCCAGCAGAGCCAACCAGCCGGAUACAACAGUUUUCACCAGCAUGAAAAAGAAGGCAGAAGCAAACAUAGGAUUACCAUCCAGUCAAGUGUGGCCUGACCACAAAUGCUUUUUGGUGCAAGACGAGACGCCGGAUGUGCUCCCUUCGCUCAUACCCCUGACCCAGACCCCAAAAACUCCCAGGACCCCUGUGAUGAGCGGCUUUGAGAGAAAAGCAGAAAUGGAGGGAGAACCACACACGGCAUCGAAAAACCCCAACAUCGCCAAUGUGGGCGAACCAACGGUGCCCAUGAAUGCGCCAAAUAAUCCCGUCGUCGCAGACGGUUACCCUCGCAGCCACUUCUACACAAAGACGCAGAGUCAGCUGAAAAUGAUGAAGAGAUUCUUCUCCAGCUGCCAGUAUCCAGACAGUGAGGACUAUGACCGACUGGCGGCGCUCAUCAGCCUCCCCCGGCCCAGGUUGGUUCAGUGGUUCGCCGACAUGCGCUACUACGUCAAAAAACUCAAGCCCACCUGGCUGACUCCGGAGCAGCACAAACAAGCGCUGGCCAACAUCAGUUACCGGCAGUGCCUGAGCACACUGGCGAGGGCGCUGGAGCGGGAAAGGAGAGAGGGCCGCGGCGAGCAGCCAAGUGUACAGGUGCCUCCUGAGGACAACUGAGGAGACACGCCCCGUAUCAUCAACACCGCUAAGAUGGAUAAUCUGUUAACAUUUGAAAAAAAAAAAUGCACCAGGAGGUUUUUUCCGUGCAUUGUUUGGGUUCAAGGAGUUUGUUACGCGGGUUGAACUUGGAACUUCUUUCACACGGAUUUUUGGUAAAAGGUCGCCAGUUUGAGACAUGUUCUGGUCUCUCAUAUGCCAUGUACUGUUACUACACUGUCAUUGUGACAAGUUAACGUGUUUGGAACACAUAUGCAUUUUUUUUUUUUUUAUAUGAUACUGAGGAGUCCCCGUGUGCUUUGUGGAUUUUUUAUUGUCAUUCAAGAAUAACACUUAAGUUGUUUGUUGUUCGAAGACAGCUCUUUGUGUUGUGAGUUACAUUAAAACGUUCAUAAAUGA